AUGGAAGCUUUUAACAUUAAUGCUGCAGCCGCUACGAGAAACUAUACUGUCACACCACGAAUUGAUUAUCGAACUGUAGCUAGUGUAAAUGGACCGCUCGUUGUUUUAGACAAUGUUAAGUUUCCUAAAUUUGCAGAAAUUGUAAACUUGACAUUACCAGAUGGUAGUAUUCGUGCUGGUCAGGUUUUGGAAAUUCAAGGCAAGAGAGCUAUUAUUCAGGUGUUUGAAGGCACAUCAGGUGUUGAUUCCAAAGCAACUCAUGUCGAAUUUACUGGUGAUACCCUAAAGAUUCCCGUAUCGGAAGACAUGUUAGGUCGUAUUUUUAAUGGAUCCGGGAAAGCUAUUGAUAAAGGUCCAAAAGUAUUUGCAGAAGAUUUUUUAGACAUUAACGGGUCUCCAAUAAAUCCAUUUUCACGUAUCUACCCGGAAGAAAUGAUUCAAACUGGUAUAUCUGCCAUAGAUACAAUGAAUUCUAUAGCGCGUGGUCAAAAAAUUCCAAUCUUCUCUGCUGCUGGUCUACCACAUAAUGAGAUCGCUGCGCAAAUAUGCCGUCAAGCUGGUCUUGUUAAAAAAGUCGACAAGGGUGUGUUUGAUGAUCAUGAAGACAAUUUCUCUAUUGUAUUUGCGGCUAUGGGUGUGAAUAUGGAAACAGCUCGUUUCUUUAAACAAGAUUUUGAAGAGAAUGGCUCUAUAGAGCGUGUCUCAUUAUUCUUAAACUUGGCUAAUGAUCCGACCAUUGAACGUAUUAUUACUCCACGGUUGGCUCUUACUACUGCCGAAUAUUAUGCGUAUCAACUUGAGAAGCACGUUUUGGUCAUUUUAACUGAUAUGAGUUCAUAUGCAGAUGCUUUACGUGAGGUUUCCGCCGCACGUGAAGAGGUACCUGGUCGUCGUGGAUAUCCUGGAUAUAUGUAUACUGAUUUAUCUACUAUAUAUGAACGUGCAGGUCGUGUUGAAGGAAGAAACGGAAAUAUUACCCAUCCUAUUCCUGAUCUGACAGGAUAUAUUACAGAGGGUCAAAUCUUCGUUGAUCGCCAAUUAUAUAAUCGUCAAAUCUAUCCACCAAUUAAUGUUUUGCCAUCUCUUUCUCGAUUGAUGAAAUCUGCAAUUGGCGAAGGUAUGACAAGAAAGGAUCAUGGUGACGUUUCCAAUCAGCUUUAUGCUAAGUACGCCAUUGGUAGAGAUGCUGCUGCUAUGAAGGCAGUAGUAGGAGAAGAGGCUCUUAAUCAAGAAGAUAAACUUUCUUUAGAAUUUUUGGAAAAAACCCUUUUUGGCUUAGAUAAUAUGAGAAUUGAUCCGAAUGAUCCAUUUGUCACCAAAAUUCGUUCAAAUCCAAGAAUUCUCUCAUCUAUCCAAGAAUUAGCUCAACUCUUACAAAGAAAAGGUUUUAAUAUUAGUAGCGGUCAAAAGCCGUCGAUGGUGCAAAUGGCAAGGCUUGCGAGUGACAAAGAGGUAUCAGCAAAAUUGUUUAUCAUUGACGCGCAACUUCGUGAAGCUGGUAUCACGCUCGACGGAGAAACUGCACGAAAGUUCAUGAACUUGUCAGAAACCAAUUCAAAACAAGAUAAUAACUUGUCGGACAUAAAUUUAAGACAAAGCAAUAAUAACUUAUCGGAAACAAAUUUAAAAUCGAGCAAUAACUUAUCGGAGACAAAUUCAAAACAAAGCAAUCCAAGUAUUGUAACAUCUAAACCUCAAGAAGCAAUUGGAUUUGUAGAGAAGAUUAAACGCUGGUUUGGGAUAAAAAAUGAGGGUCAAAUCUAG